AUGCCUAGUAUGGAUCCCACGUUCGCCGUGCAUAAGUUGAAUGUUGAUCCUAGUAGGCGACCGGUGGUGCAGAAAGUCCGACGCUCGUCCAUCGCACACGUUGAAGCUGUAAUGGCAGAGGUGGAUCAACUGUUGGAGGCUGGCGUCAUUCGGGAAGUGCUAUAUCCCUCCUGGCUCGCCAACCCAGUAGUUGUACCUAAGAAAAAUGGGAAGCUGCGGGUUUGCGUCGAUUACACAAACCUCAACGACGCCUGUCCGAUGGAUCGAUUUCCUCUUCCUCGGAUUGAGCAAAUGGUGGACGCAACAGUAGGAUGCGAACGCUUAAGCUUUAUGGAUGCAUAUCGGGGCUAUCACCAGAUAGCUUUGGCUCCGGAAGAUCAGGAGAAGACGGCCUUUAUUUCUCCUCGGGGAACUUACUGCUACAAGGUCGUUCCAUUCGGUUUGAAAAAUGCAGGUGCAACCUUCCAACGCUCCAUCACGAAGAUGUUUCCUGGAAUGCUCGGUAGAAUACUGGAAGCUUAUAUCGAUGAUUUGGUCUGCAAGAGCAUGUUCGCUCGGGAUCACCUUCGGGAUCUGGGAGAGGUCUUUGCUGUACUAAAACAACGGAAGUUGCGCCUCAAUGCGGAGAAAUGUGCGUUCGGAGUAAGCUCGGGGAAGUUCCUGGGUUACAUGGCUUUGCAAUCCUUAAAGCAGUACCUGUCCAACGCUCCUUUGCUCGUCAAGGCCCUUCCCGACGAAGAUUUGUAUCUUUACCUUGCUGUCUCGGAUCAUGCUACAAGCGCGGUGCUUGUUCGAAAAGAGGGGAUGGAACACCAGCCAAUCUUCUAUUCUAGCAAAACGAUGACGGACUCUCAGACGAGGGCUGGUGCGGGCAUCGUCCUUGUGUCUCCAAGCGGCAUGGUACAUGAGAGCGCGGUUUCGAUUGGCUACCCAGCGACGAACAACAAAGCAGAAUAUGAAGCUCUGAUUGUAGGCCUCCAACUUGCACUUCGGCUUGAUGUAGAUUCGGCUCACAUCUUUUGUGACUCCCAGCUUAUUGUGGGUCAUUUGAACGACGAUUAUCAAGUCAAGGACCAGCGUAUGAACGCUUACGUCAGCCAUGUGUUGGCCUUGUUACGAAGAUUUGGCCGCGUGGAAGUAGAAUGGAUCACUCGGGAGCACAAUGCACAUGCUGACACCCUGGCAGGUCUUGGUUCGGUUUACAGGACCUCGGGCAGUCGGACUAUUACCUUUGACGAAGUUACAACACCGAGCUUCGAGCAUUCUUGCCAACCAGUAAUGACGAUUUCCCUCGGUCCAAGUCAACUUGAUCCAGUAAUUGAUUACUUGAAGAAUCAAGUAUUACCACCGAACAAACGCGAAGCAUACAAGCUGCGUUGCCGAGCAGCAAAUUUUUUCCUGGGACCAAACGACAAUCUCUACCGAAGGACUUUCACUGGUCCAGAUUUGUGUGUCGUCCAUGAAGAUCACGUAACAACCGUUCUGGAAGAGCUCCAUUCGGGAAGCUGUGGGGCGCAUUCCGGAGGACGGUCCCUUACACAGCGUGCGCUGACGCAGGGAUAUUGGUGGCCGAAGAUGGUUAAAUAG